AUAUAAAUAAUUUAUUAUAAUUUACCGGUUUUUCGCAGUUAUUCAUACUGGGAAAAUGGAGUAGGUUUGGCCGGGAAAUCUCGGUAACCCAGUUCCUGUUAUUCAACCCUAAUCCACACCAUCUUCAAAUAUGAAAUAAGGCACUUUAAACUUUGAGAGGAUGUUUGAAGAGAAAGGGAGGGAGGGAGAGGGCGACAGUGUGCGCACGUGAGAGAGCUGUUUCAUUUGUGGCGAGAGAGUGGAUGAUUUUCUUUGCUAUAGAGAAUAAGAUGGAAAUGGGUAAGACGCUUUAUAGUAAAAAAAAUUAUACCAUUAUGAUCUCUGCACCGGGUGCUUUAACUUUUCACUCAGACUGAUGCUUCAUUUGUAGAAGUAGAGUUUCAUGACAAACAUGCAAUUCUUAAUGUCAUCUCGAUUUUUGUCAAUUGCUUUUUACUCAUACUUUUUUAGAAACCCCUAUGCAUUAGAAUUGUUGCACUAUGUGUGAAUAGAGAACAUAUGAGGGCUAAGUCAUGUACUAAAUGUCUUCAAUAAAUCUAAUGACUUUCCUUGUUGAAAGUCAUACCUGGUCAUAGUAGGUGGGAAAUUAAUGAAAACUGGGGUAACAAAUUACCACAAUGUAACCUUCUCUUUUUCCCCAUUCCAUUGGGACAUUUCUUGUGAAUAAUUUAUCCAAAUAAACAAAUAGAUAUUUAAGGCUUAUCUAUAGCAGUGCAGUACGCGUGCAAGGUUGCACAAAAUAUACACGAUUUUGCAAGAUACUGACUUCCCUUGCAAAUAACUUUCAGAUAACAUCCGUUUCAAAUAAUCUCUUAUAGAAAAGUCUACUAAUCAGCACUAUAUUUAAGAUUACAAUGUGUCAGAGCCUAAAAGACAAUUGGUAAUAUUUCUUUCUAAUUUCAGAAAACUCUACCAUGGUAUAUUCUGAUGUGACAACUGGGAUGGGCAUAAUAUCUCUGGUUGUCUACUGUGUGGCGUUUGUGCUUGGCCCCACUGGCAACGGCUUGGUGAUCUACGUGACGAGCUGCAGGAUAAAGAAGAAUGUCAACUCUGUUUGGUUCCUCAACCUGGCCUUGGCGGACUUCCUCUUCACUUCCUUUCUGCUCCUCUAUAUCAUCUACAUUGCCCGUGAUUAUGAUUGGCCUUUCGGUGACAUCCUUUGCAAGUUAAACAGCAUGGUGACUAUGCUCAACAUGUUCGCCAGCAUCUUCCUCCUGGCGGCCAUCAGUCUGCACCGCUGCCUGUCCACGUGGGUGGUUGUGUGGGCCCAUAACAAGUGCACGCCAGGCAGGGCUGAGGUCAUCUGUGUGGGGAUCUGGUUAGCCUCAUUGGUCUGUAGCCUCCCAUUCACCAUCUUUCGGGAGAUCAUACACCAUGAUAAUAGGACAAUGUGCAGUUAUUCAAUUCCCCAUUCUUCCUACAGGAACUUGGUUGUGUUCCGCUUUCUGCUGGGCUUUCUCAUCCCAUUCCUGGUCAUCAUAGGCUCUUACAUUGCCAUAUGGAUACGCGCCAGGCGCCUUCAGAAAGGAAGAACGCACAGGUCCCUCCGGAUCAUCGUCUCCGUUGUCCUGGCCUUCUUCAUCUGCUGGAUGCCCUUCCACGUCUUCCAGUUUCUGGACUUCAUGGAAGAAGACAACCAAGGCCUCAAGCUGGUCGUGCAUAUAGGGACUCCCCUGUCCGCUAGCCUGGCCUUCCUCAACAGCUGCCUGAACCCCAUCCUGUACGUCUUCAUGUGUGACGAGUUCCAGAAGAAGCUGCGUCAGUCCGUGUUGCUCGUAUUCGAGAAUGCUUUUGCAGAGGACCACGGGAUGAACUUUGUGUCAUCAACACGCUCCCUGAGCUCCCAUCUCUCCCGGAUCUCCCGUAAGUCUGAGUCUCUGGCUCCAGGAGAAGGAGGACAUUUACACCUCACUGGUGACCAGUCUGAUAGUAAAGUGUAAACUGAGGUGUGAGAUGGGAGACAUCUGCAAAAGACAGGGUUAGUACAUCUGUAUUACAGAGUAAUUUGACUGUAGCUGUUGUCAUUGUGGUUUUCAUGGUGGCAAUGAAAUCAAAUGUAUUUUAUAAAGCCCUUUUUACAUCAGUCGUUGUCACAAAUUGCUUUACAGACACCCAGCCUAAAACCGAGAGUUGACUGCUGAAAGGACUCUUUGAAAUCUGACCAAAGAAAAACACUUACAAAUGUUUUACUUCAGACAACGUUCCUUUUGUGAUCCAAAACAAACAGAACAUUUAUUGCCUAUAUGUGAUAGAUAUCUUGGACCUAUUUCUUCCAUGUGGACUGUGUUUCUGACCUGCAGAUGACAAGAUCCUUCUGAAAAACCCUCUCCCAAAAUAACUGCUGUGGAGAAAUCAUUUGUGGAGAAAUUACAUUUCAGAAAUCAAUCAAUUGUAAAAACAGCACUGGCAGAUAUAUUAUAGCGAUGAAUAAAUUACAAUAGCUCUUUACAACGUUUUUUUUUUUUUUUUACAGUUUACAUAAAAUUUUAGAUGUGUGAGAGACUUUUCUUUUGAAUGUUUAAACAAAAAAGAUUCAUAAGAGCACUGCUUGUCUGGGAAACUGGUGAUCCUAAAACACAAAUAUUUACCACUGGAAGCCUGGAAUUAAUUUAGAGUAUUCCGGAAUUUAGACAAAUGUUGCACACUACUCAACCUGUUUACAAACUUUUCAUGACACAUUGUUGUGAUUGACAACAGACUAUAUAAUGCAUUACCAGAUAUUCUGUAAUAUGACAAAAAACAUGUAAUAAUUAUUUAAAACAGAUGAAAUUGGGCCCACCAGAAGCAUCAACUUACUGAAAGUAUUGCUACAUUUUUCAAAACGAGGACUUUGGGUCCCUAAUUGUGGCAGUAUAUGGUAGAAAUGGGCUCCAUGAGGCUCCUCUGACAUUGUCACACGUCAUGUCCUCCUUGGGGAGAGGACUAGUGCAGCGUCCUGGGGUAGAUCACUUGCUCGUGGCUCCUACCUGCUCUAUUCUUUUCUCCUCCCUCUGCUGUGGGAUACUGCCUGGGGGAUUCCCAGCUAGCGGUCGUACAUCUCCUUCAUCUCUUUCAGGAUCUUGAUGCUCUCGCUAUACCUCAGCUGAUUCUUGUUGGACGCUUCUUUCCAUCUGAACACAGUUAAUAAGAUUGAUCGCAGCUAGAUAAACAAUGUUUACUGACAGAAUUUGUAUCAACUUUUUUUCCAAUCAAGAUUAAAUUCGGUUUAAUAGUUGA